AUGGAGGACAUACUUAAUGAGAUAAUUUCGUUGAGCGAGAAAAAGCGGGGGGAAAAGUUGCCGACCCAACAGGGGGAGGACCUUCAGGAUGAUAGCCAAACGAAGCUGAGCGGGGGUAAGAAACCUGACAGGGGGAAGAAUCGUCACGGGGGGGAGAAGCAUCACGGGAGGAAGAAGCACCAAUUGGGAGGUGACCCACCGAUGGGGACUGUUCCUCCCUCCACUGAGGACGCCCCGCCGAGUAGCGCGUGGGACUCUUCCACAGUCUGCUCCGUGGAUGAGGACAUGAGCGUGCAGAAGGCUAGUCUGUUCAGUCGGAUAAUUAGUGAACGGAGGAGGAUGAGUGGGGAUAGGAACCUAGACGAGGAGAAGACCCAUUUGGGGGAUAUCGAGCAGGGUAUCAACCAAGUUAGCCCGCAAGCCACGCAGAUAUGUGCAGACGCUCGGCAGGAUCCCCCAGUCGAUGAACGCACCCCCCUGUGCCAACAACCCAACACGUUCAACUCCUACCUCCUCACCGUUAACCAAAUCAACACACACAUCUCAUGCAUAUAUAAAAACAUAGACAAAAUAAAUUCAUGGAAACAAAAAAUAGACUUCAACAUAUACGACACGGAAGAACUGAACGGGAAAAUAAACGCAACCAUAUCACAUACGGAAGAGAUUGUCUCCCAAGUGAUGACAAAAAUUUUUCUCUUAAACGAGGAGAACAAACAAUUCGAGGCAAGUAGUAACCUCCUGAGCGAAAUAAAACUUCGCACAAACAUUUUUAUUGACGUGGUGCAAAAAUACAAAACGUGCAUUAACAAAUAUAAGAAUGUCUGUCACCAUUAUUAUGAACACGUGAAUGCAAAUUUGCUCAAGCAGUACAGGCUGAUUUGUCCCAGCGUGAGCGCCACUGACGGGGAAGACGUCGGUAAAAGGCGACGGAGCAGCAACAACAGUACCUCACAGGGAAAAGCAUCCAAAGGAGGAAGAGCAAGAACCGACUUGGAUGACAUAGAACAGUUUUUUAAUUUACAAAAAAAAAACAACUACGGCAACUUGGGGGAUCAUCUACACCCAGAAAAUACGGAUACAGUUAAUAUACAAAAAAUGAAAAAAAAAUACAAAGAAUUGAAGAUGCUUGAGAAGAACAUCUCUACACUCAAUGACCUCUACAUCGAGCUAGCUUAUGUCGUAAAAAAAAGGACCAACUAUAUUAACAGCAUAGAAAAUAAUGUGUACCAAGUGAAGGACUACACGGAUGAUGCGCUGCAUAAUAUUGUUGCCGCCAAACGGUACAAUGCUCUUGUGAAGAGGAAAAUUUUCUACUUCAGCGUCUUCCUCCUUGUUGUCGCCCUGAUCAUUUUGUUCCCCGUUUUUUUUAACUACACCUAUUCAGGGGGGUAG